AUGGAAAGACAAAAUCACUCCAUCAUGUCUGAAUUUAUUUUGCUGGGACUCACAGAGUCUCACGAGUUACAGAUUUUCUUUUUCAUUUUUUUUUCCAUUAUCUACAUAGCCAUUGUGUUAGGCAACCUCACCUUUAUCUUUGUAGUGAAAUUGGACCCUCAAUUGCACUCUCCCAUGUACUUUCUGCUGGCCAACCUCUCCUUUAUUGGUAUGUCCCUGGACUCUUUUGCUACUCCCAAGAUGAUCUUUGACUUACUUAGUGAAUAUAAGUACAUCUCUUGAGGCUGCAUGACCCAGAUGUUUUUCCUUCACCUUUUAGGUGGAAGUGAGAUGAUGUUGCUCGUAGCUAUGGCAAUUGAUAGAUAUGUUGCUAUAUGCAAACCCCUCCAUUACAAAACUAUCAUGAGCCAUAGUGCUGUCAGGCUUGCACUUCUCUCCUGUACCACUGGUUUUGUGAACACUAUGAGCCAAAUGAUUUUCACAGUGACCCUACCAUUCUGUGGCCCCAGUGUUGUGGACAGUUUCUUUUGUGAUCUGCCUCGGGUCAUCAAACUUGCCUGCAAUGAAGCUUACCUCUUGGAGCUGCUGGUCAUUGCAGACAGUGGAGUACUCUUGUUUUGUUUCAUCUUUUUGCUCAUCUCCUAUAGCAUCAUCCUGAUUCAUGUUCAGCAUCACUCCUCCAGUGGGUCUUCCAAGGCCUUGUCCACUCUUUCAGCCCACAUCACAGUGGUGGUAUUGUUCUUCAGACCUUGUGUCUUCAUCUAUGUGUGGCCAUUCAUCAGUAUUUCCAUAGAUAAGAUCCUCUCUGUGUUUUAUACAAUUUUUACACCCCUUUUAAAUACAAUCAUCUACACAUUCAGGAAUAAAGACAUGAAGAAAGCAAAA